AUGGCUGGCCCGGGCUCGGACUGCGGCGGCCUUGCCAUGCCCAGGGCGCCGCCACCUGGUGCAAGCGGCACAUGGCUCCCGCUGAUAUGGAAGGCCCCGGUGGCUCGUCAUCUGUGUGAUGACCACGAUCCUGCUGCACUUGACUUCUUGGGCCGUCUUUUGGCGACCUUCCCCGUGCCCCUCCUGAAGUUUGUGUCGACCGCGAUACGAUGGGCGCGGACGCGGGCGUAG